AUGCCAUCCCGCAACAAAAGAAAAGGCACUGGAAUGAGUUCCUUGCAGACAACGAUAACUUAUGGAAAGCCGCUAAAUACCCGAAGUCGGGAGAGGAUGCAGCAUUCGGAAGGUACCACAGCUUCAAGGUCUAUCCCCAGCAACAGCGCGGCAGCUAUUCACAUCGACGGUGGCCCCGGUGGUGACUACGCCUCCAAUGCCUGGAUGCACGCUUUCGAGGAUAUGGCCAUCGGACCGAUCAACCGCGUCCAAAGAGUAUGA